AUGGCCCUGGAGGACAUCAACGAGCGCCGCGACAUCCUGCCCGACUACGAGCUCCGCCUCAUCCACUACGACAGCAAGUGUGACCCUGGCCAGGCCACCAAGCUCCUCUACGAGCUGCUCUACAACCUCCCGUUCAAGAUCAUCCUCAUGCCCGGCUGCUCCAGCGUCUCCACCCUGGUGGCCGAGGCCGCCCGGAUCUGGAACGUCACCGUGCUUUCCUACGGCUCCAGCUCGCCGGCGCUCUCCAACCGCCAGCGCUUCCCGACGUUUUUCCGCACGCACCCGUCGGCCACGCUGCACAACCCCACGCGCGUCCAGCUCUUCAAGAAGUGGGGCUGGACCAAGAUCGCCACCAUCCAGCAGACCGAGGAGGUCUUCACCUCGACCCUGGAUGACCUCGACCGGCGGGUGAAGGAGGCCGGGCUGGAGAUCACCUUCCGCCAGAGCUUCUUCUCUGACCCCUCCGCGUCCGUCCGCAACCUCAAGCGCCAGGACGCCCGGAUCAUCGUGGGGCUCUUCUACGAGACGGUGGCGAGGAAGGUCUUCUGUGAGGUCUACAAGGAGAAGCUCUACGGCAAGAAGUACGUCUGGUUCCUGAUUGGCUGGUACGCCAACAAAUGGUUCCGCACGCCGGACCCUUCCAUCAACUGCACCGAGGCCGAGAUGGCCGAGGCCGUCGAAGGUCACAUCACCACCGAGAUCGUCAUGCUCAACCCCGAGAACACGCGCAGCAUCUCCAACAUGACAUCCCAAGAAUUCAUCGACAAGCUGGAGAAGAGGCUGGGCAACAACCCCAAGGAGACCGGUGGCUACCAGGAGGCGCCGUUGGCCUACGACGCCAUCUGGGCCUUGGCCUUGGCGCUCAACAAGACAGCCCAAGAGUUGGCCAAGCAAGGGGUGGGGCUGGAUGAGUUCAACUACAACAACAAGACCAUAACGGACGAGAUCUACCGGGCCCUCAACUCCUCGGCCUUCGAGGGCGUCUCGGGCCACGUCGUGUUCGACGCCAGCGGCUCCCGCAUGGCCUGGACCCUCAUCGAGCAGCUCCAAGGUGGGGAGUACCAGAAGAUCGGUUACUACGACAGCACCAAGGACAACCUGUCCUGGUACAACAACGACAAAUGGAUCGGGGGGUCCCCCCCGGCCGAUUACACCAAGGUGAUCACGACCUUCCGCUUCCUGUCCCAAAAAUUGUUCAUUUCUGUCGCGGUGUUGGCGUCGCUGGGCAUCGUCCUGGCCGUGGUUUGUUUGGCCUUCAACAUCUACAACGGGCACGUCAGGUACAUCCAGAAUUCCCAGCCCUACCUGAACAACAUGACGGCCGUCGGUUGUACCCUGGCGCUCGCCGCCGUCUUCCCACUGGGGCUCGACGGGUACCACAUCGGGCCGGGGCUGUUCCCCUUCGUCUGCCAGGCGCGGCUGUGGCUGUUGGGGCUGGGCUUCAGCCUGGCCUACGGCAGCAUGUUCACCAAGAUCUGGUGGGUGCACACCGUCUUCACCAAGAAGGAUGACAAGAAAGACAAGCGGAAGAAUUCCCUGCAGAGCCUGGAGCCCUGGAAGCUCUACGCCACCGUGGGGGGCCUGGUGGCCUUCGACGUCGUCACGCUGAGCGUGUGGCAGAUCGUGGACCCCCUGCACCGCACCAUCGAGGAAUUCACCAAGGAGGAGCCCAAGUCGGACAUGGACGUGUCCAUCCUGCCCCAGCUCGAGCACUGCAGCUCCACCAAGAUGAACACCUGGCUCG